CGACCACCCCUGGGAAAGCGACGCAGUUAGGUUGGAUAUUGCAUUUCACAUACUUCCCCUUUGAAUGUCUUUUCUGAAGAUUCUCUCAUUUGUCGCACAUUCCGAGUCCAGAUCGUGAUGGUUGUUCAACUGAAGUGUGGACGUUGAGAUAAAAUGAUGGUUCUGGAAGGGUCGUGCUGGAGACGCGCUUCGACGCGUCUCCUGAAGCAACCCCAAAUUUACGAAGGAACGUUACAAGUCAAUCAUCAGCCUCAUCUCAAAACAGCAGCAUUUCAAAGCAAUUCGGCCGGCAUUACAUGACCAAGGAACUUGGUCCGGAUGCUGAAGCGGCGCAAUUGAAGGACAUUGACAUUGGAAUCCAAUCUUAACUCACACGUUGGCAUGAACGAGAAGCUUCUCUUUGCCUUGGGCCUCCACCUUCGAACCCCUCUCCCUGGAACACAAGUCAUACCCAGGGAGCAGUCCACUGGAACCAUGGACAGUGCAGAGUCUACCCUCGUCGAGGCCACGAGCCAAGCAGAGCAGCCGGGCGGUUUAGAGGGACGUGAAGACGCGCAGAGCGGUAGUUUUAAGAGGCCAAGAGACCCCCCAAAUCUAGUGGAUCCUCAACCGAUUGUCGAGGUUCAUGUCAUCUCCCCGUUUGGAAAUACGAAAACCUACCGAGUCCACAAGAACUUUAUCUGCUACUAUUCGCCCUUCUUCGACGCAGCAUUUAAUGGCAAAUUUGCGGAGGGCGAUACUCAGUCAAUGAAGUUAAAGGACACAUCUACGGAAGCGUUUGGAAUCUUCGUCAAUUGGCUGUACACCCAAGACAUUGAAAACAAUAAGAGAGACCUGCCAUCCUGCGAAGCCUUGAUAAACUUGUGGCUGUUAGCAGACUUGGUGCUUGUUCCCAGUCUGCAGAACGAGGCAAUGGAGAAACUUGAAGAGGCCCGGAUAUUGAGGAAGAGACUCCCUUCAUCAGCUCUUGCUCGCGCGUAUGAGCAUACCUCCAAAGGCAGCCCAUUGCGUCGCUACAUCGUGCGGACUUGGUCGAUGUCCAGGAUCUGUAACCACGGCAAAUAUCCCCGCGAGCUUCUCGUCGACAUCAUCAACAGUCCGAAUUAUCGAGCAUGCUCAAGUACUGGAAGGGCGAUGGCCACGACCGCAUGGGAGGAACAGGACUUGCCUCUGAGCAACUUUUUUGUCAAUGAAGAGGAAUGUUCGGUGAGAGAGCAAAGAGUUGCUGGACCUGAAACGUCCGAGAGGAUGGCGAAGAAGAGGAGGAUUGAGGAGGCAGAGCAACCUACAGAAGAAGUCCUAUCAUGCGCAUAUGUGAAACUUACGCCAUGUUGAUUAUACUCCCUAUCUAACCACGCCUCCUGGCGAGCGGACAAAUAAGAGCAGUACUAAAUUCUCAAUGCCACAAUCCAAGUUUGAAUACUCUCUUCCUGCAGCACAUAUUCCCAGCAGCGGUUAAUUCAUUUAUGAACUUCGCUACGACAUAAGACCUUGGUGAGGAGUGGUACUGUUGCCGAUAAGAGUCUAAGUCUAUCAGAUUGAGGAACGUUUGCUCGUU